AUGAACAGUCAUUCACGCAGUGAACCAUUAUCGAUGGCAACUGAAAACAAUCGUGGUGAUGUAAAAAAAUUUCUUUUAUUUUGGCCAAAAUCAAUCAGAAGCAAUGACCAACAUUCACCUAUAAUUUCAUUUGUUACGGACUCUGAUUUGAUUGAUUAUGUAUAUGAAAAUUUUAGUCGAACAGACACAUUUGAUUUGCAUAUUCCUGGAGAAUAUCUGGAGAGAAUAUUAGAAGAUCCUCUUGGGAAAUCCGAUCAAAUUCGUAUUCAUGCAUAUUAUGAUAACAUCCGUAGUUUAAAAUAUGAUCAAAAUCGUUUUCAGUUUAAGCAUAAUAAACUACAGUUUUAUCUUGAACGUGAUUUGGAAAAACAAUUGCAAAAUAUUAAAAUUAGAAUAGCACUUAGUUCACCAAGAUCCAUUGAUAGGCAAGCAAUAAAUGAUACAACUAUGUCAGUUAUGGAACGUCUUCAGUCUAAACGAUCAAAUUCUUUUUAUUCUGAUUCACUGGUGCCAAAAAAGAUUCAUUUGACAGCUGAAUCAGAUUCAGGGAUGAAAAAUAUGGAAGAAAUUGAUCCACGUUUUAUUUGUGGAUCUUGUAAGUUAGUUUUGUGUGAACCGUAUCAACUUACCUGUGGUCAUCGUUUAUGUAAAUCAUGUGCAUAUACUCAUAAUAAUUGUGCAAUAUGUUCAGAUGUCAUAGAAAAUGAUAAAAUUUGGUUAGAUCGGGGUUUAAAAAAUGAUAUGCAACAUUUUUUAAAAACUUGUUCACAAUGUGUAUGGAGAGGACCAUUGACGUUUUUUAAGGAGCAUAUUGAAAAGAAUCAUAGAGAUUCUACACACUGUCCUAUUUGUAAUCAACAAGUUAAUCGAAAUGAUUUGAAUCAACAUUAUUUAUCUGAUACUCAUCAAGAAAAUCUUCUUUCUCGUAUACGGUCAAUGGUUUUAACAGACAAUAAUAAUAGCAGACUUAAUAAUCAAAUUAUCAAUGAACACUCGAUUUCAUCAAAUGGUGCAAAUGUUUUAAAAUAUCAUUUACAACAAUUCCAAAAGGACACUUUACUUGUACAAAAUAACAUUGAAUGCAUUAAAAAGCGAUUUUCUUUAUCCGAAAAAGCGCUUCAAGCAACCAUUAAUGAUAUGGCUAACAGAAAAAUUAAUCAGAACUCAUUAUAUCAGGAAAGAUUAACCAGAUCGGUCACAACAAAUAGUCAACUUUCAAUUGAUGGUUCGUUUAUUUGGCAUAUAACAGAUGUUCAAGAAAAGAGAAUGGAUGCUGUAUCUCAACGACAAAUGUCAAUCGAUUCUGAACCAUUUUAUACAUCUCCAAUACGUUAUAAAAUGUGUUUACGAUUGUAUCUAAAUGGUGAUGGUAAUGCACGUGGUACACAUUUAUCAUUAUUUUUAGUAAUAAUGCGUCAUGAGUAUGAUGGUAUUAUUCACUGGCCAUUUAAAUAUAAAAUCAUAUUUACUUUACUCAAUCAGUUACAAUCUGAUAGUCCAUCAAAAUGUUUUUGGCCUGAUGUAAACUUAGCAUCUUUUCAGCGUCCAAGAACGAAUAUGAAUAUUGCUGGUGGUAUUCCAAAGUUUUUUUCACUUGAUAUAUUUAAACAAACAUAUGAUGAAUACGUUCAAAAUGAUACAAUGUUUGUCAAAGUUGAAGUGGAUUUUAUUAGUGAAAGACCAGAAUUAGUAUUCAUUCCCGGUGUUAAUGAAUUAGCAAAUGAUGAAAAAGAUGUCGAUACAGUUCAUGAAAACAUUGAUCGAAUGGCUUCAUUAAGCUAA